UAGAAAUAGACAGAUCAUACAGAUGUAUAUAUUGACGUGAUAUUGACGAUGUGAGUUCCACAUUUACAGAUGGGUUUUGGUGUUUUAAAAAUUGUUUCAAGACAAUGAAAUACAAAAGCGCUUAGAAAAAUUAUACUCCUUGAUCAUGCUAUCGAAGCUUAUUCGUCAACUUUUAUUUAUCCUCUUACACUUGGUUGUGAACAUACUUGUUGCUGUUCAUCAUGUUUAUCACCGGCUAUGUGUUAAAAUAAGGAAUAUACCAAAGCAUCAAUCGAUAAAAUCAGAAGUAGUCACUGUACUAAAGCAUGUACCUUUGAUUACCAAGAAGCUGAACCAUUUGGUUGUGUUAGCAGACACAGAUCACCAUCGUAUCGCAGACCUAGCGCGGAUUGUCAUUUGGAGUCUUGCGUUUGGAAUACCUUACAUCAGCUUUCAUGAUACAACAGGGGACUUACAAAACAAAGAAGAAGCGUUUUUUUAUGAGGUGGAACGAAGAAAGAAAGGAAUACCUGGCUGUAUAAAGUGGUCGAAUAAGCCUAAUCUAAAUGGCUACACAAAUGGUGUGCGGGCAAAUACAAUUUCUGUAAAUAUUAUAUCUUAUAAGGAUGGUAGGCCAAAAUUAGCUCAAUGCAUACAGAAACUAUCUCAAAACAAAGAAUUAUGUGAGAGUAGUAAGGAAUUUACUUCCGAAGAGUUGGACAGGAUACUUCAAAUAAUGUACCCGUCAAUCCCUGAUCCAGAUCUAGUGUUGUAUUCUGGUCCUGUCUGCUGCACGCGAGGGCUUCUACCAUGGCAUAUAAGAUUGACAGAAUUUAUACAAAUAUCAAUUAAUCAUAAAAUAAAUGUGCAUAAUUAUUUAGGUGCUUUAUAUAAGUAUAAUAAAUGUGAUCUUAGGUUUGGUAAAUGAGAAGUAAUAGAUAGUAGCUGGCCUACAAAUAGUUCCAUAUUAUUUAUUGUAAUAUUUAUUGCUGGAGAUUACAUAUUCAAAUUAUGCAUGUAGUCCAACUGAUGUAUUGAGAAAACUUGUAUUGUUCUAUUACAUGUUGACUCUGAAUAAUUGUAUGAAAUGUUUCUGUAAAUACUUAUAUGAAAACAAUUAUAUUGUAAACUGAAA